GUGUUUAGUGUGCAGCUGAUAGUAAAUAGUUGUAGAACUGCUAAAUUAGUCUAAGAUCGGAUCAGGAUCUAAGUGUAGCUUGGUCUGUUAAGUUUAACUGAGGAGACCUCUAAUUUAAUUGAUCCACAAAUUUAGGGGUUUAAUUGGGUCAUCCAUGACGCAUUCAUGAAUAAAACUAAACAAUCAUAUGGAGUGACACUCAAGCUGGCAUUAAACUAGUAACAAUUAAUAAUGAAGAAAUGAAGAGUUGACAUCUAAACAGGAAAGUCAACUAAAAACAAGAAUAUACCUGCUACAAAAGUCAACUGAAGCCACAAAUUUUCAAAUACUGCCUCCGGUCCCAUUAAAUACACAUUUUACUAAGCCAUUCUACUCGGUCACAUUUAUUCACAAAAGUCAUUAAUUAAUUGCGGUAUGGAGUAGUGGUAUGCUAUACAUAUAUAUGAUAUACUAGUAAUUUGCGAUCAACUCAAGAUUCAUAAAAAAAGAGAGAGAAAAAUAAGUAAGAUGGAGGGAUCGAAACAAGUGUUCAUCUUGGCAGGGCAGAGCAACAUGUCGGGGCGAGGCGGGGUCCACAAGCACGAAUGGGACGGAGUGGUCCCGGCGGAGUCCGCAGCGGACGGGGAGAAGAUCUUCCGGCUGAACGCGGACCUUGAGUGGGAGGCGGCGCACGAGCCCCUCCACCAGGGGCUCGACGCCAACAGAGUGUGUGGCGUGGGGCCCGGGCUGGCCUUCGCCAACGCGGUGAAGGGGCGCGUGGGAGCCAUAGGGCUGGUGCCUUGCGCGGCGGCUGGGACGCAGAUGAAGGACUGGGCGAGAGGCGGGGAGCUCUACGAGAGGAUGGUGAAGCGGGCCAAGGCGGCAGCGGAGCGCGGUGGGGAGAUCGCGGCGGUGCUGUGGUAUCAAGGGGAGAAGGACACAUUCUUCAAGGAGGAUGCUGAUUUGUAUGGAGACAACGUUGAGAAGCUUAUUCUCAACCUCCGUCAAGAUCUCGAUUCGCCUUCUCUUCCUGUCAUCCUUGUUGCACUGGCGUCAGGAAGGGAGUACCUAGACAAGGUUAGAGAGGCACAAAAAGCAAUUAGUGCGCACAAUGUGGUUUGCGUGGACGCUUUGGGACUUCCUCUCCAACAAGACAAUCUUCAUAUCACUACUGAGGCCCAUAUUCAGCUGGCUCAUAUGAUGGCACACUCCUAUGUCACCCAUUUCCUUACCCAAUAAAUUUCACUACUAUAUUAUUAUUCCUUUCCUGCUAGUAUCAUAAUGUAAUUCCUUUGAUGAUAUUAUUUAUAUGGUUUGGGUGUGACGUAACAAUUUAUACAUACAUUAUGUAUGAUGUUAUAUAUAAGUAUUUGGUUUGGGUGUUGAUUUCGUUACAA